AAUCUCCUCGCAAGUCCUGUCGUCCUUUGCCUCUUCCUUUUCUCUUCUUGAACCAUGUGUGGCAUCAUCGCGUUGAUGCUUGCCAACAAGUACGAGCACUGCAACCAGGGGCUCUACGAUGGUCUCACCGUGUUGCAGCACCGCGGACAGGACGCCGCUGGCAUCAUGACGUGUGAGAAGAAGCGCCUGUUCCUACGCAAGGACAACGGCCUCGUGCGCGACGUGUUCAAGCAGAACCACAUGCUCAACCUGCGCGGCAACAUGGGCAUCGGCCACUGCCGCUAUCCUACGGCCGGCUCGAGCUCCAGCUCCGAGGCGCAGCCGUUCUACACCAACUCUCCGUACGGCGUGUCGCUUGCCCACAACGGCAACCUCACCAACUCACACGAGCUUGUGGAUCAGCUGGCAAACACCAAUUUCCGCCACGUCAACACGGAUUCGGACUCGGAGCUGCUGCUUAACAUCUUGGCCGACGAGCUGCUUAAGCGCGUGGACCAGCCACUCGACACAGAGAUGGUGUUGGAUGCCGUCACCGGCGUCUUCAAGCGCUGCCGCGGCGGCUACUCGGCUGUCGUGCUCAUCAACGGCUUCGGCAUCGUCGCCUUCCGCGACCCGCACGGCAUUCGCCCGCUUGUGUACGGUACUCGCAAGACUCAACACGGCACCGACUACGUCGUGGCCUCUGAGAGUGUCGCCAUCGACACGCUCGAGUUUAAAACAGAGCGCGAUUUCGCUCCCGGUGAGGCUAUGGUCAUCAAGCAGAGCGGAGAGAUGACCACCCGUAAGUGCGUACCGGACGCCAAGCUGUCGCCGUGUAUCUUCGAGCACGUGUACUUCGCCCGACCGGACUCGUUUAUCGACGGCGUGUCUGUAUACCAGGCCCGUCGUAACAUGGGCUCCAAGCUCGCCCAGAAGAUCCUGCGCGAGCGUCCUGAUCACGGCAUUGACGUGGUCAUUCCUAUCCCUGACACAAGCCGCACAUCGGCUCUUGAGGCUUCGCAGAGCCUUAACCUUCCGUACCGCGAAGGUUUCGUUAAGAACCGCUACAUUGCGCGCACCUUCAUUAUGCCUGGCCAGGUCGCACGGAAGAAGACGGUGCGUAUGAAAUUGAACGCCAUCCGCUCCGAGUUCGAGGGCAAGGUUGUGUUGCUUGUGGACGACUCGAUCGUGCGUGGCACCACGUCGCGUCAGAUUGUGCAGAUCGCCCGUGAGAACGGCGCCAAGGCCGUGUACUUCGCGUCGGCGGCUCCUGCUAUCCGUCACCCCAAUGUGUACGGCAUUGACAUGCCCACGACCGAGGAACUCAUCGCCUUCAACAAGACGGAGGCUCAGGUGGCUAAGGAAAUCGGCUGCGAGUGGGUGAUUUUCCAGGAUCUAAAGGACCUCGAGGACUCCGUGCGGCAGGAGAACUCGGCGCUCGAUGUCUUCGACUCGUCGUGCUUCGACGGCAAAUACGUCACGGGUGAUGUGAACCAGGCGUACUUCGAGCGGUUGCACGCUGAGCGUUGCGAUGCGCGCAUGCAGGCCAAGAACAUGGGUUUCACCCCGUUCAACCGCACCAUCUCCACUCCGCAGUCCGAUGAGAGCAUUGACAUGUACAACGCUCCGCAGUAAAUGUGGGGAAGUCUUCCCAACCUGGACUGAACGAGACCAUUAACAACGACCGAUGAGAUCGGAAGGGCCGAGGAAAUGUCAUCCGAGCGUGGCUUCCUCGCUCUUUUGAGUAUGGCGAGGGUUUGUCGGAAACUCUCGCCUCUGUAGACUCUACAUAGAGCAAGAAAUGCACACCAGUUUCUUUCCAAA